UUUAGCAAUGACUCCUCCCGCUCCGUAAUCGCAAUUCUCUGGGAAAUAGAAACUGAAGUGAAAUCGAAACUGCCCACCAGGAGGGGAGGUGAAGGGAGGGGCGCACACUUCACUCAGCUAGCAGUCCCUGCAACAUGAACAGCUCCGCGAAAACCGUCUUCUCCAGCGCCAGCCACCCCCAGAACUACGAGGUUCUGAGGGAGGACCAUGAGAUCUCGGUGCUGGGGGCACCAUCCAGCCAAGGCACGGUGUCUUCCACCGUCAUCAACAUUCGCAGCGAUACUGCUGUGCCCGACCACGUGGUCUGGUCCCUCUUCAACACGCUGUUCUUCAACUGGUGUUGCCUGGGCUUCGUGGCAUAUGCCUACUCGGUGAAGUCGAGAGACAGGAAGAUGGUGGGUGACGUGGUUGGGGCCCAGGCCUACGCAUCCACCGCCAAGUGCCUGAACAUCUGUGCCCUGGUGACCAGCAUCCUCCUCUUCGUGGCGACCACUGUCAUCGUUGUGCUCAACAUAGCAGCCAUUGCCCAGGCAAUUCCUCAUUAGAGGAGGACCUCGCCAGGCCUGCAGUGCACACCUGUGCUGGCAGCCCGCCCCUGCCCCUCCCCAGCCUCCUGGGCACUGUCCAGCCUCAUGCAUGUCCACUGCCACUCCUGUGUGCCCUACCGCAGGUCCACCACAGCGCCUGUCCACCCUCACGCGUGUCCGCCCCCACACCUGUGCACCAUAGGUUUCAAUAAAGUGCCUGUGUUUGC